AUGUCUGAAGGUCCAGCGCGUCCUUUAGUCUGGUAUCUAUUUGGGACAUCUGUAUACCUUCAUAUAAUGUUCGUGUUAAACAAUGGUAGUUCUCUACCUUCAUUGAAUCUUUUAACUAUGACCACUGUGAUUGAGGCGAACGGACCUGUUUACAAUGGACCUGGAGCCAGUAAACCAAGUUCUCCAUUUGUACUAUGCAAUCUCGAGUUAUCUCAGCGUGCUGCUAUAGAGAAAGCUAAGAAAUAUGCAAUGGAACAAAGUAUUCGCUCUGUGCUUUUACGACAGACACAAUCUCAACAAUCCCUUCAGUUGAAUAAUAUUAAGAAGAAUCAAACCGUUGCACUUUUAAAUCGUGUCUAUGUUGGUUCGAUAGCAUAUGAUGUGAAAGAAGACAGUCUAAAGCAAGUUUUCUCUCCAUUUGGUCCGAUCAAGUCCGUAAAUUUAAGUUGGGAUCCUUCCACUCAAAAGCACAAGGGAUUUGCAUUUUUGGAGUUCGAAUAUCCAGAAGCAGCCCAGUUAGCUAUUGAUCAGAUGAACGGAGCUAGUUUUGGAGGAAGACAGCUUAAAGUGGGAAGACCAAGCAACUUAACGAAUGCUGAACCUGUGAUAAAUGAUCUAAUUAACGAAAAUAACCUUCACAACCGUAUAUAUGUUGCUGGCAUACAUCUGGAUCUUACUGAAGAUGACGUUUCGUUAGUGUUUGAGGCUUUUGGAAAGAUAGUGUUUUGCAAACUUCAACCUGAUCCAAUAAGACCAACACGUCAUAGGGGAUUUGGUUACAUAGAAUACGAAUCAACACAGAGCGCAGCUGAUGCAGUUGGCAGUAUGAACCAGUUCAAUCUUGGCGGUCAACUUCUGCGUGUAUGCAAAGCCAUAUCACCUCCGGAUGGCAUUUCAAACGCUAAUGCUUCUAAUCUCCCACCAGCAGCAGCUGUGGCUGCGGCUUCAGCUACUGCUAAAGUUUUAUCAAUGGAGACUGAACAGCUUCCUGUCAAUUCUUAUUCUAAACAACCUGAAACAACCACUAAUGUAGUGCUGAAUGCCGUUCCCAGUACAGUAACACCUCAGCCUACCAGUCUUAAUAAUAAUUCCCUACCUAUAUGUUCUCCUGUACCGGUCUCAACGACUGGCCAAUCGCCUCUUGAUCAACCUUCAUUAAAUGUUGAAUCUAGUGUACCGAACUCCCAAGUAAAUAAUUUCAAUGAAAGUACUAACUCAAAUUCUAUGGGGUCGUGGCAGUCCGAGGUACCUGAAGAAUACUCGCAUGCACCACCUCCAGCCGUAUCUCCAGUUGGUUUUCCAUCGAAUUCAGUCACCCCUGCAUCCUCUGAGUGUUCGACUUAUUUUCCAGGCGGUGUUUUAAUCCUGAGAAAUAUGGUCGGUCCAGAGGAUUGUGACGAUGAACUGGAAGGCGAGGUGGCAGGUGAAUGUUCUAAAUACGGGUCAGUUCAGAAAGUAUUGAUUCACCAGGAUAGAAUUCGUGAAACAAACGAAGACUUUGUCAAUAUAUUUGUCGUGUUUUCUGACUUGAGUUCCGUACACAAUGCUGCAAAUGCACUUAACAAACGUUAUUUCGCGGGAAGACAAAUCACAGCUGAACCGUAUGACACACAAGCGUUUAUGAUGAAUGAUUUGUUGCGUUAG